CUUUUCUUUUGUACAAUUUUAGUGGCUGGCGCUGCCUCUUCAAUCUUCACCGGCGAAGUGGAGCCCGACCGGAGAAGAUGGGUCUACAGGUCUACUGCUAGCACCUUUUUCUUAAACAAACUUUAUGAAGUACGAAAUAAUUGAAAAAAUCUGGGCGGCUGGCUUCCAAUUCCCAAAUAUUGCCCUGCUCUCUCACACUGCAACUCAAAGUGCCCAACCUACCACUCUUGCAGCGGCCACUUAUCUCCCACUCAACGAGUGCUUUAUUUCACAAAAAAUAAAUUCUUUCUUCCACAAUUCCAUGUCCGUCCCGUGAUUCCAACUUUUUGCCUCCAUCUUCCCCCCUCUUCAUCUUCUCCAGUAAACGACACAAUCCCUCCUAUCUCGUGAAGACUUCUCAGCGAUUCCUCAUCUUUUUAAAUCCGUUUGUAAAAUGGAGCCACUCCGACUCCAAUGGCUAGACCCACUUCAAUGGCAGAAACCAAAUUGCCUUUCUCUGCGCUCAGUGUUGUACUCCUUUCCCUUCUGCUCCCCUUUCUGGGUUCUGCUCUUACUGCUGGUGGCUCGAUUCUGUCUCCAUUUCCUCGGCAAUAUCAGAGCAAAUAUGGAGAGGUUGCUGCUGCUGUGGGGGCUAACAACAUAAUACUGAAUCCAAGGUUUGAGGAUGGACUCAAGAAUUGGUCUGCAAAAGGUUGCAGGGUCGAGUUACAUGAAUCAAUGGCUGACGGGAAAAUUGUGCCUCAAUCGGGGAAACUCUUUGUUUCAGCAACAGAUCGUACUGAAACAUGGAAUGGCAUUGAGCAAGAGCUCACUGGACGUGUACAGCGAGAGGUUGCUUAUGGGGUUACUGCUAUAGCUCGGAUAUAUGGCAACGUUACUGCUGCUACUUUGCAGCUCACUUUGUGGGUUCAAGAGCAAGACCGUCGUGAAGAGUAUAUAUCUAUUGCCAGCUUGCAGGUAACAGACAAAGAUUGGGUGCAAUUGCAAGGGGAGUUCCUUCUUAAUGGCUUCCCGUCAAGAGUGAUUAUAUACUUCGAAGGUCCACCGGCAGGCACUGAUAUUCUUAUCAAUAGUUUGAUUGUUCAGCAUGCUGCCAAAAUGCCUUCGUCAGCCCGCCCAGUUUUCCAGGAUCCCCCAUUUGAUGUGAAUGUGAUUGAGAACAGCAAUCUCGAUGAUGGCACAACUGCUGGCUGGUUUGCACUAGGCAAUUGCUUACUGACUGUGGAAAGAGGUUCCCCGUAUGUUCUCCCUCCAAUGGCAAGAGAUUCACUUGGUCCUCACGAGUCAUUGAGCAGUCAGUACAUGCGAGUAACCAACCGAACCGAGUCUUGGAUGGGUCCUGCACAGAUAGUGACCGACAAACUGAGAGUGUACUUGACGUAUCAAGUAUCAGCAUGGGUUCGAAUCAGUCAUGGAGGCACAACUGGUCCUCAGUUUGUGAAUGCUGCACUGGGAGUUGAUGGGCAGUGGAUCAAUGGCGGUGAAGUUGAAGUGAACGAUGGAAACUGGCAUGAGAUUGGAGGGUCUUUCAGGCUUGAGAAGCAGCCGUCUAAUGCUAUGGUUUAUGUCCAAGGACCUGCAUCAGGUGUUGACUUAAUGGUUGCUGGGCUUCAGAUUUUCGCUGUCAACAGGAAGGCAAGGUUUAGUUAUUUGAGGAAGCAAGCUGAUAAGAUACGCAAACGGGAUGUCGUUUUGAAAUUCUCAGGAUCUGGUCUCAGCAACAGUUCUGUUAGCGUGAAGCAGAUGCAAAAUAGUUUUCCUCUGGGUUCUUGUAUCACUAGAACAAGCCUGGACAAUGAAAAUUUUGUCAAGUUCUUGACAGACAAUUUCAACUGGGCUGUGUUCGAAAACGAGAUGAAGUGGUCAUGGACAGAACCUCAACAAGGUACCUUCAAUUACAAGGAAGCGGACGAGAUGUUAGACUUCUGCAAAACCCACAACCUGAAAGUCCGAGGUCACUGCAUCUUCUGGGAAAUGGAGUAUGCAAUCCAGUCAUGGGUUCGAUCGCUCAAUGAAAGUAGCUUAACCAAUGCUGUUGAGAACCGACUUUAUAACCUUCUCACACGGUACAAGGGGAAGUUCGAUCACUAUGAUGUAAACAACGAGAUGCUCCACGGAUCUUUCUACCAGGGGAGAUUGGGUUAUGAUAUUAGAGCCCACAUGUUCAGAACUGCCCACCAGCUCGACCCAUUGGCAGCCCUUUUUGUUAAUGACUAUCACAUUGAGGAUGGAAGUGACGUUGGUUCAACGCCAGAGAAGUACAUCAAACAAGUCCUCGACCUUCGAGAGCAAGGCGCACAAAUUGGAGGGAUUGGUGUUCAGGGGCACAUCGAAGUUCCAGUUGGGUCUAUUGUUUCUUCUGCCUUUGAUAAACUUGGCACUCUUGGACUGCCCGUAUGGAUAACUGAACUUGAUGUGUCUUCCGCCAAUGAGUUUAUCAGAGCCGAAGAUUUGGAAGUAAUGCUUCGGGAAGCUUUUGCUCAUCCUGCCGUGGAAGGUGUGGUUCUCUGGGGAUUUUGGGAGCUGUACAUGUCAAGGAAGAAUGCACAUUUGGUGAAUGCAAAUGGCAAGAUCAACCAAGCUGGGAAAAGGUUUCUGUCUCUUAAAAAAGAAUGGCUGUCUCAGGCCAAUGGCGGGAUUACCGAGCAGGGAGAGUUCAAAUUCAGAGGCUUUCAUGGGACUUACGACGUUGAGAUUGUGUCGUCGUCGUCACAGAGAAUAAGCAAAACAUUCAUUAUCGAUAAAGGGUAUUCCCCACUGGUAGUGUCCAUCGACCUAAUGUGAUUAAAGUUUGAAACUUUGUUGUUUCUGUUUCAAGGAAAUUUUUCAGAGAAGACUUAAAAACUUUAUCUACUGUUAUGUUUCCUGUGUGGGGGGAAGGGUGGGAUAUUGAACGCCCAUCUUCCGCCACCUAACUUCAGUUUAUAAAAUUCAACUAGAUUUAAAACAUCUCAGUCUUGGAACCAAAGCCUUCUGAGAAUUGGGAUAUUAGAGUGGAGAAGAAAGAAGAAUGGAGGAUACCCUAAUACCCUAUGGGCUUAUAGCCUAUAAGCCUUCUAUUCCAAUUCAAGCAUCUCCAAUCCUGCAAGACAAAGGCAAUUGCAGUACACGAGAAGUUUGCCGUUCCGGAUGAAGACAGCAAUGUAAAAGAACUGUGGAUAAAUGGGUUCAUUUCUUUCUUUCAGUUUGGGUCGGAAUUGGAAGGGAAGCAAGCUAGUUGAUUUGCAUUAACUAAUUUCAGUUUCCUUCUUUCGUUUUUGGAUGAACACUUUGCUGCGUCAAGCUAACGGCUUUUCCCCCAUUUUUCUAUUUCCCUUUUCUCUCUUUUCUGUUUGAAGGGAUGUGAUUGGCUGCUGGGUCACUAGACGCGGGUAGUUGGAGCCGAGGUUUUCGUAGAGUUUACUUGAACGAAUGCAACUGCAAGCAAAGACAAUUCAACUUGUUUCACGGAAACUGGAAAAGUCCGCCAAAUAAGGGACGCCCUGUUUUCGAAAGCGGCGGGAAGGGUAUAAAAAUGAGGAGGAUCUCAGUCUGCUGCUUCACCGGUCAAGCGGCUAAUACUAAUCGCCGGAAGAAGAAGCAAAUUCAGGAAUCCAAACCAUCAACGGAAAACAGAAUGGAGCAACCCCAGAUGACGAACAAUGGCAAUGGCGCUGGCAAUUCGGAGACUGUGGGUGAUAGUAUGGGUAAUUCAAACAGCAGCAACAGCAAAACAAACAUCAUCGUAAACCAUGACUUCUCUCAAGGGCUUCAAUCCUGGCACCCAAAUUCUUGUGAAGGAUUUGUGGUUUCAUCCGACUCGGACAACCCAGGGCUUCUUGCAAGACUAGUUGGCGGUUAUGCAGUUGUUUCAAACCGGAAAGAAAGCUGGCAGGGUCUUGAGCAGGAUAUCACUGCUAGGGUUUCUCCCUGUGUAACUUACUCAGUAUCUGCUAUUGUUGGUGUAUCGGGUCACAUUCAGGGGUCAGCAGAGGUUAUUGCAACUGUGAAGCUCGAACAACAAGGCUCAGGAACCCAAUACUUGCGUGUUGGAAAAUCUACCGUAUCGAAGGGUCAGCUUGAAAAGUUGGAAGGCGACUUCUGUUUGUCAACUAUGCCUGACCGGGUGGUCUUCUAUAUCGAAGGACCUUCUGCAGGAGCUGACAUACUUAUAGCAUCAGUGAUCAUUUGCUGUUCUAAGCAAGGAAAUGACAAUGAUGUAAGCAGCAGCAGCUCAACUAAUGUGAUACUAAACCAUGACUUCUCUCAAGGGCUGCAGUCAUGGCAUACAAAUCAAUGUGAUGGCCAUGUGGUUUCCUUAGACUUGGGUCAUCCAAGACAUCUAGCCAAUGACGUCGGUUCUUAUGCAGUUGUAUCAAAUAGAACAGAAAGAUGGCAGGGCCUUGAACAAGAUAUCACGAGCAAGGUUUCCCCUGGCUUAACAUACUCAGUUUCCGCCCUUGUUGGAAUCUCUGGGCCUACUGAAGGGUCAUCUGAGGAGGCCCUAGCAACUUUGAAACUCGAACACACCGGUUCAGGAGCAAACUAUAUGCUUGUUGGAAAAACUUCUACGUCCAAGGGGAAAUGGAACAAGUUGGAAGGAACAUUCUCACUUUCGACUAUCCCUGACCGUGUAUUCUUUUACUUAGAAGGACCUUCUCCCGGAGUGAACCUCCUGAUAAAAUCUGUCGUCAUCUGCAAUCCUGAUUGCAGCAAGCCCAAGGACUCAUUUUGUGGGAGCGCUGCAAAGGACGAUGAGAACCUCAUUGUGAAUCCUAACUUUGAGGAUGGUUCCAAUAACUGGUCUGGAAGAGGGUGCAAGAUCGCUGUACAGAAUUCUGCAGCAGAUGGGAAGAUUGUGCCUCAGAGCGGUAAAGUGUUUGCAGUAGCAACAGGACGAACGCAGAACUGGCAUGGAAUUCAGCAGGAGAUAACUGGGAGAGUUCAAAGGAAGCUUGCUUAUGAGGUGACUGCUGUAGUUCGAAUUUAUGGUAACAACGUCACAAGUGCUGAUGUCCGAGCUACAUUGUGGGUCAAAAAUCCUGAUAAUAGGGAACAAUAUAUUGGGAUUGCCAAUUUGCAGGCAAAAGACUCGGAAUGGGUGCAGCUGCAGGGCAAGUUCCUUCUGAAUGGCUCUCCUAACAAGAUAGUUGUUUAUCUAGAAGGUCCACCUCCAGGGACUGAUCUUCUCGUAAACAGCUUCACACUUAAACAUGCCACGAAAGUCCCUCCAUCGCCACUUCCCAUAAUCGAGGUUGGGCUCCUGCAUUUAAAAAACUUGUAACAUAACAGCCUUUCGAUGGUCCUUUAACCUCUGACCGCGAUCUUGAUUCUCUUUCAGAACCCUGCAUUUGGUGUCAACAUACUUCAGAACAGCAAUCUGAGCGAUGCAACCAAUGGGUGGUUCCCACUGGGCAAUUGCUCUCUCAAUGUUGCAACUGGUUCACCACACGUGCUUCCUCCCAUGGCGAGAGAAUCUCUUGGAGUCCAUGAAUCUCUGAGCGGACGCUGCAUAGCCGUCACCAAGAGAACACAGACGUGGAUGGGACCUGCACAGAUGAUCACUGAUAAAGUCAAACUGUUCUUGACGUAUCAGAUAUCUGCCUGGGUGAAGAUUGUGCCUGGAGCUGCCAGUGGUCCUCAGAAUGUGAAUGUAGCACUUGGUGUGGAUAAUAAUUGGGUGAAUGGUGGACAGGUCGAGAUCAACGACGAUAGGUGGCACGAAAUCGGUGGCUCCUUCAGAAUCGAGAAGCAACCUUCCAAGGUCAUGGUCUACAUCCAAGGUCCCGCUGGUGGUGUCGAUUUCAUGGUCGCCGGGCUUCAGAUUUUUGCUGUUGAUCGUGUGGCCAGAUUCAAGCACCUCAGAAGACAUGCUGACAAGAUUCGGAAGCGUGACGUGACCCUGAAAUUCACAGGAGGAGACUCAAGCAGCCUGCACGGCACAUUCGUCAAAGUCCGACAAACACAGAACAGCUUCCCCUUGGGAACCUGCAUAAGCCGGACCAACAUCGACAACGAAGACUUCGUCGACUUCUUCGUCAAGAACUUCAACUGGGCCGUGUUCGGCAACGAGCUGAAGUGGUACUGGACGGAGUCCCAGCAGGGCAACCUCAACUACAAGGAUGCUGACGACCUGGUGGAACUCUGCCGAGCCCACAACAUAGACAUGAGAGGCCACUGCAUAUUCUGGGACGUCGACGGCACGGUCCAGCCAUGGAUCAAGUCCCUAAACAAAGACGACCUAAUGAAAGCAGUGCAAAACCGCAUCACCGAUCUCCUCACCCGAUACAAGGGCAAGUUCAAGCACUACGACGUGAACAACGAAAUGCUGCACGGUUCGUUCUAUCAGGACCGGCUGGGGAAAGACAUCCGGCCCUACAUGUUCAAGACCGCGAAUCAGCUCGACCCAUUUGCAGCCCUGUUCGUCAACGACUACCACGUGGAGGACGGGUGCGACACCAGGUCGACUCCAGAGAGGUACAUUGAGCAAGUUCUUGACUUGCAGGAGCGAGGUGCAGCAGUGGGAGGGAUCGGGAUUCAGGGCCAUAUUGACAGUCCGGUUGGGCCCGUGGUCUGUUCGGCGCUGGAUGGGCUGGGAAUAUUGGGCCUGCCGAUCUGGUUCACGGAGCUGGACGUGUCGUCGACGAACGAGUACAUACGGGCCGAGGAUUUGGAGGUGAUGCUGCGGGAAGCGUUUGCGCAUCCGUCGGUGGAAGGCGUGAUGCUGUGGGGGUUCUGGGAGCUGUUCAUGAGCAGGGAGAAUUCGCAUCUGGUGGAAGCGGAAGGGGAGGUGAAUGAAGCUGGGAGGAGGCUGCUGGCUUUGAAGAAAGAGUGGCUGUCUCAUGCUAGUGGGGAGAUUGACGAGAGUGGUGAGUUUGGGUUCAGAGGGUUUCAUGGGAGCUACCGUGUGGAGGUUGUUGGGCUGUCGAAGAAGGUGACCAAAACGUUUGUGGUUGAGAAGGGUGAUGGUGAUACUCCGUUGGUUCUGAACAUUGAUCUCUCGAGUUCUUGAAGGUGGUUGGUUUGGUGAAAUUCUUUAACUAGAUAAGCAAAGAAUAAGGGGGGGAUUACUGGGCUAAAUGGAAUGUUUGUCAUUAUUGUUUACUUUGUGCAAUAUUUGUACAAAAGGAAAAGGCCCAUAAGAUAAAAAUACGUGUAUGAAUGACUAAAGAAAGAAGUGGGUUUGGUUUAUGUUUCCUUGCUAAUUGAUCGAAAUGUUUUAAUCUAGAUUUGGCUUUGUAAUAAAAUGAUUAAAAUGUUUAAAAAGCAAUAAAAGUAUCAAUAUGUAUUAUGAUA